AUUAGAAAUAUCGAUAUUAUUAAUGAAACAGCUAUCGAUAUUAUCAUCGAUCUUUGGCUUAUGUCAAUGAUCGCGGUAAAUCAGAGCAAAGCCUUGCAUUAGCUCAGCUGGUUAACAAUCACAACAUUCCCCACUUUGAUAAGCAGAUCAACAACAUGUUAAGCAGCAGCAACGUGUCGACGCCGCAACAACAACUGCAACAGCAGCAUGUGCGUAUUGAGGGUCAUGAUCAACAAGUGGUGACCAACUCGCCUACGCUGUCGUCGACAACGCUCUCCAUUGCUGAAAGUAAGGAAUUAACCGGUUUAACGCAUGAGUGCGGAGUCUUUGGUGCAAUUGCCUGUGGCGACUGGCCCACCCAGAUAGACAUUGGUCACGUGAUAUGUUUGGGCCUAGUAGCACUGCAGCAUCGUGGACAGGAAUCGGCUGGCAUAGCAACUAGCGAGGGCAAAUGCUCCAAGAACUUCAAUGUUCACAAGGGAAUGGGUAUGAUCAGCACCCUUUUUAACGACGACUCUAUGAAGAAGUUGCGAGGAAACUUGGGCAUUGGCCAUACACGCUACUCCACUGCCGGUGCAUCGGAGGUUGUCAACUGUCAGCCGUUUGUCGUUCACACGGCACAUGGCGCUAUGGCGCUGGCCCAUAACGGCGAGGUGGUCAACAAUGAAUCUCUUCGCCGCGAAGUGUUGGCCCGCGGUGUUGGCUUAUCUACACACAGUGACAGUGAGUUGAUAGCUCAAUCCCUUUGCUGCGCACCGGAGGGAGUCUCUGAGCAUGACGGACCCAACUGGCCAGCACGCAUUCGGCAUUUUAUGAUGUUGGCCCCAUUGUCCUACUCGCUGGUCAUUAUGCUGAAGGACAAGAUAUAUGCUGUGCGAGAUACAUAUGGCAAUCGGCCUCUAUGCAUUGGUAAAAUUGUGCCCAUUAACUCUGGUCAUGCAGUCAACAGCACUGAAACGCCAGCAGAUGGUUGGGUGGUGUCUAGUGAGAGCUGCGGCUUCUUGUCUAUUGGCGCACGCUAUGUGCGUGAGGUUGAGCCAGGCGAAAUUGUGGAGCUGACGCGUGAAGGCUACCGCACUGUGGACAUCGUAGAGCGCCCAGAGUUUAAGCGCAUGGCUUUUUGCAUAUUCGAGUACGUGUACUUUGCCCGAGGCGACAGCAUCUUCGAAGGCCAAAUGGUGUAUUCGGUACGCUUGGAGUGCGGACGUCAGCUGUGGCGUGAGGCGCCUGUUGAAGCUGAUAUUGUGAGCUCAGUACCAGAGUCGGGGACUGCAGCAGCUCAUGGAUAUGCACGGGAAUCCAAUUUGGAGUUUGCAGAGGUUCUGUGCCGAAACCGCUAUGUUGGUCGCACGUUCAUUCAACCCUCGACCCGUCUACGGCAGUUGGGCGUUGCUAAGAAAUUUGGAGCACUGUCUGAAAAUGUAGCCGGCAAGAGACUAGUGCUAAUAGACGAUUCAAUUGUGCGCGGCAACACCAUUGGCCCCAUUAUUAAGCUGCUGCGUGAUGCCGGGGCAAAGGAGGUGCACAUUCGCAUAGCCAGCCCCCCGCUACAGUAUCCCUGCUAUAUGGGAAUCAAUAUACCCACGCGCGAAGAGCUUAUCGCCAACAAGUUGAACGCCAAGCAACUGGCCCGUCAAGUGGGCGCCGACAGUCUGGCAUAUCUGAGUGUUGCCGGCUUGGUGCAAACAGUUCAGCGUAAGCAUGUGGCAUCUGGCAAGCCAACAGGUCAUUGCACCGCCUGCUUAACGGGCGAAUAUCCUGGCGGAUUGCCUGACGAACUAAGCUGGUAAACACUCCCAGUCUCAAGAAAAACAAAAACUUUGCAGUAUAAAGCCUACGAGCGCUCAAUAUUACUGUCUCAAAUUAUGUAGUUGCACUUUUGCAUUUAACGCCUCACCUGUGAAGCACAUAUCCAUUUCUAUUUACACCAUUUUCUACAAAGUAAUUCUUAAGCUCAAAUUAUACACUUUAUACUAAUUUAGAUAUACAUAUGUAGUAGCUUUUCAGUGAAAAGCACUCUUCCCAAAAAAAAUGACAAUUUUGUACAAAAGAAAUAGCCAUCAAUAUAGCCACCGAUUGGCCAAUUAUUAUACAUUGUUACCAUUUAUUCAUAAGCUUCAUAAAUUAUGAAUGCCAAUAAUAAAAGACAUUUAGCACAAGCAACUCGAAAGCAACUUAAUAAUACAA